AUGGACGCCGACUACCCGGCCCUGGAGCCCCCGCUCUGCAGCGAGCUCAAGCUGCUGUGCCGCCGGCUGCAGGAGGCCUACCGCGAGCUCCGCGAGGACCUCGCGCCCUUCAAGGAUGACCGCUACUACAGGCUGGCGCCCAUGCGGCUCUAUACGCUCUCCAAGCGCCACUUCGUCCUCGUGUUUGUCAUCUUCUUCAUCUGUUUCGGCCUGACCGUCUUCGUUGGGAUCAAAGGACCCAAAGUGAUCCAGACUUCUGCAGCUAAUUUUUCACUGAACAAUAGCAAAAAGCUAAGGCCAAUUCAAAUUCGCUCAAACCCACUCUCUACAUAUAAUCAGCAACUCUGGCUGACGUGUGUGGUUGAGUUGGAGCCAACACAAGACAUCUCUAUUCAAACCAGCUUUUCAAUGACCGUGAAAGUCAGUGGUGUGGCUCAAGAUGGGACCACCAUGUACAUUCAUAACAAGGUUCACAAUCGGACGCGGACCCUCACGUGUGCAGGGAAAUGUGCAGAAAUUAUUGUGGCUCACCUUGGCUACCUGAAUUACACACAGUAUACGGUGACCGUGGGAUUCGAGAACCUGAACCAGCCCAUCAAAGAGAUGAACUUCACAUGGAAGACUUAUAACCCUGCAUUUUCCCAGUUGGAAAUUUGGUUCCGCUUUGUCUUCGUGGUACUUACCUUCAUUGUUACCUGCCUGUUCGCUCAUUCCCUGCGCAAGUUUUCCAUGCGAGACUGGGGCAUCGAGCAGAAGUGGAUGUCUGUCCUCCUGCCGCUGCUUCUGCUGUACAACGACCCAUUCUUCCCCCUCUCCUUCCUGGUAAACAGCUGGUUCCCAGGGAUGCUAGAUGACCUUUUCCAGUCUCUGUUCCUGUGUGCCCUCCUGCUCUUCUGGCUGUGUGUGUAUCAUGGGAUACGGGUCCAGGGAGAAAGAAAGUGUUUAACUUUCUAUUUGCCUAAAUUCUUCAUUGUUGGACUAUUGUGGCUGGCUUCUGUUACGCUGGGAAUAUGGCAAACAGUUAACGAAUUACAUGAUCCAAUGUACCAGUAUCGAGUUGACACUGGAAAUUUUCAGGGCAUGAAGAUCGUGUUCAUGGUGGUGGCCACCAUGUAUAUCCUAUACCUCCUCUUCUUGAUUGUUCGGGCAUGCUCCGAGCUCCGUCACAUGCCUUAUGUGGAUCUCAGGUUGAAGUUUCUGACUGCGCUGACCUUUGUCGUGCUGGUUAUUAGCAUCAUCAUCCUUUAUUUGAGGUUCGGAGCACAAGUCCUACAAGACAACUUUGUAGCAGAACUGUCCGCUCACUAUCAGAACUCAGCUGAAUUCUUAUCUUUCUAUGGCUUGUUGAACUUUUACCUCUACACGUUGGCCUUUGUGUAUUCCCCGUCAAAGAAUGCUCUGUAUGAGUCCCAGCUGAAGGACAACCCUGCAUUUUCCAUGCUGAAUGAUUCUGAUGACGAUGUCAUCUAUGGGAGUGACUAUGAAGAAAUGCCCCUGCAGAACGGCCAGGCCAUCCGGGCCAAGUACAAGGAGGAGUCUGACAGCGACUGAGCCGUGGGUGGCAGGCGGGCGGCAGGGAGGCCAGAGGCCGUCCUCAGAGGUGGAUCUGGUCCUCCCUCCCCCCUGCUGAUGUUCGGACUGGUCUUGUAAGCAAAGGUUUCCUGUUAUUUGUUUACAUGUUUUUUAAAGAAAAACCAAAACUGUUUUAAAUGCUGGGCCAAGUCUGUUGCCAGGGUAGCUCCAUUAUUUGGGAAGAAAGUGGAUGAAAAAUUAAAAGGACAAAUUCUUUCAUAAAGAUGUCACAAGGAAGAGAGAGAGAGAGAAUGAGAAUGUUUUCAGUGGUAUGGAGAAAUUCAUUACUU